AUGCAUAAUGUGUCAGUUUACGGGCUACCCACACCGCCGGCGUCGCCACCAUACGACAACACCAAGUAUCAACAGCAGACCUUCGCCUUCCCGACCGUCUGUCAACCGCGAUACACACCAGUCGCCCCGGAGGAGAGGCUAGGAAAGUUUCUGGGGGAGAGCCUGCAGUUGAUAGGGAUCAUUGGAACCGGAGCCUACGGAGUGGUCUAUCUGGCGGUCGACGUCGACACCGGUAUCCGGUAUGCGGUCAAGACGUUGUGCAAAUACAACGCCGAUGGUACGCCCUUGGACCGACGACAAGUUGCUUUCCAGCACCGGGAACUUCGCCUACACUACCUCGCCUCGGCCCACCCAAACGUUGUGUCCAUGCACAAGAUUGUGGACGACCCGGAUUGCAUUUAUGUUGUCCUAGAAUACUGCCCGGAAGGUGAUCUCUUUCUCAAUAUCACAGAACGUGGACAAUAUGUGGGUAAGGAUGACUUGGUCAAGAAUGUUUUCCUCCAAAUCUUGGAUGCCGUUGAACAUUGCCACACACUGGGAGUCUACCACCGGGACCUGAAGCCGGAGAACAUCCUGGUUUCGAACCGAGGAGAGACAGUGAAGCUGGCGGACUUCGGCUUGGCCACAUCAUCUGAUCGAUCCGAGGACUACGGCUGCGGCUCGACAUUCUACAUGUCACCAGAGUGUUUGGACCCUCAAUCCCGGAGGCCCUACUACUACUGCGCCCCCAAUGACGUCUGGAGCCUUGGUGUGAUACUGGUCAACCUGACCUGCGGCCGCAAUCCGUGGAGACAGGCCUCGUUCGAGGAUUCCACAUACCGUGCUUUCACCAGGAGCCCGGACUUUUUGAGGACUAUUUUGCCAGUGUCCGACGAACUCAACGACGUUCUGGGUUGGAUCUUCACUCGUAACCCAGAGCAAAGAAUUACGUUACCGGAACUGAGGAAUAGCAUCCUUGCUUGCCCCAGGUUCACGAUGCCAGUGAUGCCGGCCGCUCAGGCAUUGCCAACUCCGCCAAUCUUGCCGGAGCCCCUUGAAUACGUUGAUUGCGAAGACGCCAUUAUUGACGACAUGAGCUACGACGCUCCCCUCUCACCCGCUUCGUCGGAUUCAGACGGAGAGUCCACCUGUUCGUCGGAUGAUGGGUCUUUGACCUCGAGUGUUUCUACGAUUGAUGAUUUGGACGAUGAAGACUUUGCCAUUCAGGACGACGAGAUGCCCUCUCAUGAACCGCAGGUGUAUGACCCAGAGGAGCCCAAGAUAGUGUUUCCACAGGAGUUUGUGCCCCAAUACACUGGACCCAUGGCGGAACGGUGCCAACCUUGCCAGCCCUGUGCCGGUCCGGCUCCUACCCAGGGCACUUGUGCGCCGACUAAGUUUCCCUUCCCAUACUUCUGGGAUGUGGUAAGCCGCUACGCACAGUCGCCUCAAAUACACCAUCCGGUUGCUUUUCAUCACCAACAGGUUCCCCUUUUCUCAAAUUUCCAAGGCUGCUACUAG